UAAAAAUUAAUGAAAAAUAAUAAUAUUAAUGAUAAUAAUAAAAAAUAGUGUGAGAAAAUAAUUAGGAAACGUAUUUUCUAUUGAGCAAAUAAUAGAGGAAAAAAUAUUUUCAUUAACCUAGAAGAGAGUAUGCUAUUUACAAUGGACUUUAGAUGCAAUGGAAUCUGGUUGUUAAUAAUUAGAAUUAAAUAAUAUAAAUAUAUACAUCAUAUGUAUAUAUAUACGUAUAUUUAUUUUCUAUUCUAUAAUGUUAUUCGGUAACUUUGUAAAACGUUUAAAUAGAUUACAAAUUAAUUAUAUAUUCCAUAAUACAGAAAAAAUUAAACAUGGAACAAGAUGUUUAUAUAUGCAAAAGGAAACAUACAGUACGAAUAAAAAUGUUGAAAAAAAUAAUGAAGUACCCAUUGAAAAUAUUCGUAAUUUUAGUAUAAUAGCUCAUGUUGAUCAUGGUAAAAGUACCCUUGCUGAUAGACUACUUGAAAUGACUGGUGCCAUUAAAAAGAAUUCAGGCAAACAAGUAUUAGACACAUUGCAAGUAGAAAAGGAACGUGGAAUAACGGUUAAAGCUCAGACCGCUUCUCUUACAUAUUCAUACGAAGGACAAAAUUAUCUUUUAAAUUUGAUAGAUACUCCAGGCCAUGUAGAUUUCUCAUCCGAGGUAUAUCGUUCAUUAGCAGCUUGUCAAGGUGUUGUAUUAUUAGUUGAUGCAAAUGAUGGAGUACAAGCGCAAACCGUUGCUAAUUAUUAUUUAGCUAUUCAAACAGAGCUUGUAGUAAUACCGGUGAUAAAUAAAAUAGACUUACCAGCUGCAGAUCCUGAAAGAGUAAAGAAACAGUUGGAAACAUUGUUUGGUAUUAAGGGAAACGACGUAUUAAAAAUAUCUGCAAAGUUAGGUACAGGAGUUGAAGAAUUAUUACAAGCUAUACUUAAAAGACUUCCACCUCCACCUGUAAAUAGAAAUUUACCAUUUCGUGGUCUUAUAUUUGAUAGUUGGUAUGAGAAAUAUAAAGGUGCUGUUUCUUUAAUCUAUGUGAAGGAUGGAAGUUUAUCUGUUGGAGAACAAAUUAUAUCCUUUGCUAGCAAAAAGUCUUAUGAAGUUAAAGAUUUAGCAAUUUUAAGACCCGAGGAAGAACAUGUUAAAACUUUAUUCGCUGGAGAAGUUGGAAGUAUAAAGUGUAAUAUGAAAACUUCCAAAGAAGCAUACAUUGGGGAUACUUUAUACAAAAAAGGUCAUCCUGUGGAACCAAUAGGUGGAUUUAAAGCAGUAAAACCGAUGGUAUUUGCAGGAGUGUAUCCUAUGGAUCAAUCACAUUUUAUUAAAUUACAAAGUGCGAUUGAGAAACUUAUUUUAAACGAUAGUGCCGUGGAAGUUGUACCAAGUUCUAGUGCUGCACUAGGACGUGGCUGGCGAGCGGGAUUUUUAGGGCUUUUGCACAUGGAAGUAUUUAUACAGAGGUUGGAGCAAGAAUAUGGUGCAGAACCAAUAGUUACAGCACCAGGUGUUACAUACAAGGCCAAAAUUAUAGGAAAAAAAAAUAUAGCACUGUAUAAAGGUGAAAUUGUUGUUUUCAAUAAUCCUAUUGAUUAUCCUGACAAACAAAUUACAGAAGAAUAUUAUGAACCAAUGAUUAUUGGUACUAUUAUAACACCAGAUGAAUAUAUAGGACCAAUAAUGUCUUUAUGUCUUGAAAAGCGUGCGAUUGAAAAAUUAAAUCAAAAUAUCGGAAAUAAUAGAACGUUGUUAAAAUUUUCAAUGCCAUUAAAUGAAGUGGUCCUUGAUUUUCACGAUAAAUUAAAAACCAUCACUUCUGGAUAUGCUAGUUUUGAUUAUGAAGAUGAUGAUUAUCAAGUUUCAGAAAUUGUUAAGUUAAAUAUUCUUUUAAAUGGUAAAGUAAUAGAAGAAUUAAGUACAAUAGUACACUGUACUAAAGCAAAAGAAGUUGGUAAAAGAAUGUGUACUAAACUUUUGGACAUCAUUCCACGACAAUCGUUUGAAAUAUCAAUUCAAGCAGCUGUUGGAGGCAAGAUACUUUCGAGGGAAAAUUUGAAAGCAUUUAGGAAAGACGUAACAGCAAAAUUGUAUGGAGGUGACGUCACAAGAAGAAUGAAAUUAUUGGCAAAACAAAAAGAGGGAAAAAGCAAGAUGCGUAUGAUUGGAAAUAUUGUCUUACCGCGAGAAACGUUUAUAAAUGUACUCAAAAGAUAAUUUAGUCUGCAUAUAUAAA